UCGCCAGGAAGCGUUGACGUUCGUCGCCUUCGUCCGGCGAGAUCCAGUUUCCCUUAAGCCGCUCUCGCGUGUUUGUCCGUUCUCGGGUCGCGCCGUGCGUCGUCCUACCUACCGAUUAUUUUUCUCCUCCUCUCCCCCCUCCCCUCGUCCGCGUGUACGAGAUCGUCGGUACGGUGUAGGAGGAAUCGCGCGCGGUACAUACAACACGCUCGUGUCGUCGUCGCCGCCGCCGUCAACGUCGCCGCUGCCGUCGUCGUGGUCGUCGCAGCGCUGAGUGGCUCCUGGAGUGGGUGCUGGAUUUUGACGCAUCGCCCGGUGCAUCGUCCAGGAUGGCGUUCAACGGGGACGGUCCACACUCGAAGAGACAGCGGCUCGAAGAAUCCGGGCACAGAAACCACGAGUAUGGUGCGUACGGAGACGAGCCACGUCGCAAAAGAGAAGACAAUAACAAGCCGAAUCACGUACUACUCUUCACAAUUAUCAACCCAGUAUACCCCAUCACUGUGGAAGUGUUGCACGCGAUUACGGCGAACACCGGACAGGUGCAGCGCAUCGUGAUCUUCAAGAAAAACGGCGUGCAGGCCAUGAUAGAGUUUGAUUCGGUGGAGUCAGCCACAAGAGUGAAAGAAGCGCUACACGGGGCGGACAUUUACUCCGGCUGCUGUACACUGAAAAUCGACUACGCGAAGCCGACGAAAUUGAACGUCUACAAGAACGAUGCAGAGAGCUGGGAUUACACGACGCCGACGUUGGGCUCGAACACACACAAAACCGACGCGACGGGAAAUGGAAGGCCGGCUCCCCUUUUGGCGGAACCAAGAUACGGCGCCGCGCCCCAGCCAUACGGUUCCACGCCACAGGUGACCUUCCCGCCUGGCGCCGGACAUGACCGUUACGAGGAGAACUUCAACGGGCCGGCGACGUACGCGGAGCCGUACGUCGAGCGUUACGGCAUCAAGAGCGAUUUCAGCGGCCGGGAGCCGCUACAUCCCACCCCACCACGGCCGGGUUACGUGCCGCCUCUGGGCCAGACGCAGCCUUCCAGCACGCAGGGCUCCGUCAUGAUGGUAUACGGCCUGCAGCCGGACAAAGUCAACACCGACAAGCUCUUCAACCUAUUCUGCCUGUAUGGCAACGUGACGAAGGUUAAGUUCUUGAAGACGAAGGAGGGAUGUGCCAUGAUUCAAAUGGGCGACAGUAUAGCCGUUGAGCGGUGUUUACAAAACCUGAACAACGUCACGAUCGGGACGGACGGCAGGCUGCAGCUCGCCUUCUCGAAACAGGCCUUCCUCUCGGACGUCACCAAUCCUUACAUUCUACCCGACAAGACAGCGAGCUUCAAGGACUUCACGGGCAGCAAGAAUAACAGAUUCUUGAAUCCGGCUAUGGCAAACAAAAACAGAAUACAGCCACCUUCGAAGAUAGUCCACUUCUUCAAUACACCGCCGGAUCUGACCGAGGAGACGGUGAAUCGCGUGUUCGUGGAGCGCGGCAUCGAGUCGCCGACGACGGUGAAGCUGUUUCCGCUCAAGUCCGAGAGAUCGUCGUCCGGGCUGAUCGAGUUCAGCAGCGUCGGGGUUGCGGUAGCUGCUAUUAUGGAAUGUAACCACACGGCACUCGAGAAUAGCAACGGCAAGUUCCCCUACAUCAUGAAACUCUGCUUCUCGUCGUCGCGCACCAUACCCACGAGCUUCCCGCCCAGCAGCGGUAGCGCGUCGAGCAAUUCCGCCGGUAAUGGCCACGUCAAAAUGCAGCAGGACGCAGAAUAGAACGGCGAGGUCCAGGGCCAGCAGCGUCAGCGUCAGCGCCAGCGCCCCUCUCUCGCCCUGCACCCGUUGUGUGCCCCGACGGGCACGGCCCUGCACCCCGCAGCCGCAGCGAUAACGCUAUCCCCGGUCCUACCGCCACCCGUACCGCCACCCCUGCCGCCACCCACCUGCCUCCUGAUAGCCACCCCGACCCUCUACCCGACCGUACCGCCGCCGCCGCCGCCACCGUUGCCCACCUUCUGGCCCUACUGAGGGGCCCGAUCGGCGACGGCGGGGGGGAGGGGGCCGGUGAGACCGGCCAGAGUGACUGAACGCGCGCGCGACCUGCGCACUUCGUUCGACGAGCGACGCGGAUGGCGACGGCGGCUCUCGCGCGCGCCACUGAGGCCGCCGCCCCCCGAGUCGUCGACGCCUGUACUUUCUCGCGCGCUUCUUCUUCGCUCGCUGAGACGCAACACCUGUGCGGAGUCGGAAGAGAGCCGCGCGCGCUCUUGUGAAAUCCUUCCGAGACGGAUACAGUGUGGUACCCAUGACUGACGGUGUCCUCUCUCUUUCUCUCUCUCUCUCUCUCUCUCUCUCUUUCUCUGUGUCGAUCGUCGUCGGAAAGACGCUAAAUUGUCGCUGAAGGGAGGGGGAGGGGAGGGAGGGCCCGUCCGAGAACGCUGUGAGGGAUCAAAGUGCGGUGCGACGGUGUGAGAGACAGUGUUGCCGGUUACCGACGGAGUUGGCAAAGAGGGUGGACCCUCGCUCGACGAUCCUCGGCGGGGAUUUCGGGGAUCCCCGGAGAUAUCUGGAAAGAGUCGCUCGAAGAUCGGCGGCCUCUGGCGCGCGCAUACAUAUCAUGGGGACGAGGAAGAGCGCGGGAAUCGGCGGUGUGCUUCGCGAGGAACCACGCGCGCGGAUUUGCGGGGCCACCUCUCGCUACCACCGAGCUGAGCCGACGAUGGGUGGUGAAGUCUCCGGCGGGGAUAACAGCCAUCCGCGAGGAGAAACGGAGGGAAGACGGAGCCGCUGGUAAGCGUCGCGAGCUGCGUCGAUUCGACGACGACUCAACGGGGAUGAAGAGAUUCCGGAGAGGAGAGGAUGAGGACGAAUCCGAGAGGAGACGCGCAGUUGCUGCAGCUACUUCUCGGAAGAGGAGAGAGAGAGAGAGAGAGAGAGAGAGAGAGAGAGAGAGAACGGCGGUUCAAACUUCCUGGGAAGAGCGGUCGUUCGAGGAAGUUAGAAGCCCAUCAGAGGCUACCUAGGAAUUUGAUCUAUCAAAGGGAGUGGACAAUGAGAAAGAGAGAGAGAGAGAGAGAGAGAGACAACCUUCUCCGAACGACUGGGAAAGGACGAAACUGCCCAUCAGGAAAUAAAUCGAUGGAAGUGGAAUCCCUUUGGUGGAACGGGACGGUCCAACUUCUUCGGAAAAGAAUCGAGCCUUUUGGAAAGAGAGAUACAGACGGAGAAGAAGAAAGACCGGCUGAGUGGGUUUUUUCGGAGAAGAAGCGGCGCGCAUGAAUCGGGGUUCCCCGAGCGAGGGUGUGGAUCCGCGCGCGAAGUGUCGUUUCCUCGUGGCCCCCGCGCGGAGCAAGUGAGCGCCGCUUCCGCGCCAAGUCUCGCGUUACGAUUCGGGCGUCUCGGUGCCCUCACGGUCGCCCUCACGAGACGCUCCCUCUCGUUCGUUCAAUCGUUCGUUCGUUCGCGCCUACGGUCGACUCUCACCGGAGAAACGCAUGCGCGCACCCGCGCGCACGACACAUUUUAUUCUGAAAGCCGAGCCACGCGCUCCUCGACGACCAUACUUUGUGGGAUCCAAUAAUGAACCGGAGAUUUCUCAGCGACCACUUAAAUAACACACACAUAUACAUACACACAUACAUAUGGGAUACAAUUAGGAAGAGAGCGUUCGGAGGAAGUUCCGAGGUCACACAGUUUUGCGCCACGAGAACAACAACAAACUGUACGACGACCUGCGUGAGAAUCCGCAGCAUCCGCUUUUUGAGUGUCAACAUCGGUCAACGUCGCCGCUCCAUAUUCUCGUCUCGUGACACCGCACGGCCCGUGACAAGCCCGUCGCGCUGUUUCCUUCGCAAGCGAGACCCAACACGUGUGGCUCCUCAACGUUGCGUAACUUUGUGUUAAGGUACACACACACACACACACACACACACACGUACACAGAAACACAUAUAUACACGUAUAGACACAACAGAGCACGACUGGGCAAAUCGCUCCUCCCGCACAGAGGAGCGAUUUCCCGCGGAGUGAUAUAAGUCGUUUAUGAUUUUAAAAUUGACAUAAUUUUAAACGAACUGAAAGAUUCGCCCGCAACAACACGGUAAUUCGCGGGUGGAGCAACAUGGGCGUGCAGGGCGCGCUGCUGCAGCUCUAUUUUCCGCGGCUUUUUGACGAACCCUCGUUUCCUCGACCCGUCUUGUCGUCUCGAAGUGAAUGCGAGAGAACCUUUUAAUUGGGGCCAUUUUAAUCGAAUCUGUGUAAAUAAUCUAAUCUAGGAUUCUUAUACACACCGCUUCUUCGCUCCAAUCGCUUAGCGUGUUGUUGCUUGAAAUCUGUUAAUUAAAAAAAUACACACAUACACACACACAUUAACUUUAAUAGCGAUAAGACAUUGCGUUUUUUUUUCUUUUUUCCUCUCGCGUAUAGAAUAAGACAUUUUAGAGCUAUGAAAAAGUAGAGAAGUCGCAAGGAUGAUUUCCUAAAAGAUAUGAGCAUAUCUUUCUGACAGAGAUCUAAUUAAGAGGUAUUGUUAAAUUAUAUCCUCCUGAAAUUUGUCUCGGUAGAGAGCCUUACAUUUUUUCUUAAAAGUAGCGGACGAAAAAGGAGACGCCAUUACGAGAAUGCCGCCUCUCUUCGGAAUCACCUGACUAAUUGAAUAAUGGUUCUUUUUUUGUAAAUCUCGAUGGUGUCGAUGAAUCUAUCCACUAGCCGGAUAAAGGUUAAUUUUACAAUUGAUUAUGAAAGAGAGAGAUAGAGAGAGAGAGAGAGAGAGAGAGAGAGAGAGAGAGAUUUGCAUAUCUGCAAAGGUUUUCACGCCGAGCAGCAGAAAGGUGAGUGUUUCGAUUUGCGUUUCGGUUUUCGUCGCGCGAGGCUACGUCGCGGGCCCUAAACGUUAACAAUAAAAGUCGUCUAGACUGCUAUCAA